AGUUAAGUGGGAAAACAGUGCUGGGCGACGCGGGCGUGUGAUUGGUGUUCCUGAGACCUCAACCCCGCACUAGUCCGCUUCGGGGUCCAAAUCUCCGACCAGAACGACCCAAGUUCAUCGGAACUCUUUCCACAUCCACUUCUCGACGCUAAGCUUAGCGAGCCACGCUUCCAGGGCCCUGGCCUGAUUCUAGCCAACAAGGCAGUUGGUCGGCGACUCGGCUUCAAUCAUGGUUUGGGCGUGAUGGGAGACUCCAAGAGGCGUCGCCGUGGCUGUUGUUCAAAUCCACAUGGGAGGGUAUACGUUUUACAUUUCUUACUUUGGAAACAUGGUAACUCGACUGUCAAGAGGCUGAUCUGCCCUUAUGAGGCUCUGCCGCUCUGCCUUGCUCGGGAACUGUCCGUCCAGGCACAACCCGCUCCACUUCGAAUAGACGACCCAUGGCUUGGUCGCUUUUGUACCAAGCCGACGAUGGGUCGUUCAGUGAGUUAGACUGCCGGGCUUUCCCCGUUGACUGGCUCAAUGCACAUCUUGCCCCAUGAAAACACCGGACCCUCCUCAGAGAGGCCUUAGGGUGCUGUGCCGCAGCCAGUUCUCAUUUCCCAUGACGGAGGCUUAGCAUGACUCGGGCCAUCAUGGCUACUGGAGGCUACACUAGAUAGGCCAAUCGCUGUGCGGCUCUGUAAUCAUACGCCAGAAUUUGCAAUCUCCCAGUCGGCGGGCAUUCAUAUAUUACUCGCUCCUCUCCCCUAAUCGUAGUUCUCUCGCCAACUGUCUUUCGCUGUAGGGGCCGUACGAGCAGACGUUUGUCUGCGUCCUUUCUUUGAUUCGAACACUGUCCACUGGUACACAACCAGCAGUCAUUCAUUCUAAUCAUGCUUUUCAAGCCACUUACUUUCGUUUCGGCCAUUUCGGGCCUGGCCUCGCUUGCCUCUGCUUUUGUUCCGGAGGCGAAGUCCAAUGUUGCCAUCUACUAUGGUCAAGGCUUUAAUCAGCCGCGCCUCGCCGAGUUCUGUGGCUCAACGGCGUUCGAUAUUAUUAAUAUUGGGUUCAUCAACUCGUUCCCCGACCAGAACCCUUUGACUGGGCUGCCCGGCAGUGACUUUGGAAAUCAAUGCUGGGCUGAUACCUACUGGGUCAACGGAUUACCAUCCCAGCUGAAAUCGCACUGCGCAACCUUGGUGGAUGACAUCAAAACGUGUCAGGAAGCCGGCAAGAAGAUCUUCCUGUCCCUCGGUGGUGGCCACAACUCGUACAAGCUUGACUCUAUCCAAUCCUCGACCAACUUCGCCAACUGGCUGUGGGGAGCCUUUGGACCCAAGAGAGAUAACUGGGUGGGCGAAAGCAAGCCUCGUCCCUGGGGCGAUAUCGUCGUCGAUGGGUUUGACUUUGAUAUCGAGUACAACGGUGACCUUGGGUAUGCCAACAUGAUCAAGGUGCUUCGAAAGCGCUUCAGUGAAGACCCUGACAAGACCUACUACAUCUCUGCCGCUCCCCAGUGCGCCAUUCCUGACGAGCAACUCGCUGUUGCCAUCAAAAACGCACCCAUCGAUUUCGUUUGGGUUCAGUGGUACAACACCCGCCCUUGCUCUGCCCGUGACUUUGUGGAUGGCACCAAGAACGGCUUCAACUUUGAUCAGUGGGUGGAUGUCAUCAAGGCGGGCGCCAAUCCUAAUGCAAAGCUUUAUGUUGGACUGCCUGCGAGUAAGGGCGCAGCGAAUGCAGGUUUCUAUCUCACCCCUGAAGAGGUCAAGCCGUUGGUGAAGAAGUACAUGAAUAAGUAUCCCAAGACAUUUGGAGGUGUCAUGCUGUGGGAAGCCACGGAGUCGGAGCGCAACCAGAUCAAUGGUGUGAGCUAUGCGGAUAACAUUAGGGAGAUCCUGUUCGGUCUUGACCCCAACCAUCCGAUCCCCACCAUUUCAACUCCCACCCCGACUCCUACCCCUACUACGACCACCACUUCCACCACUUCGACUACCACCACCACCACCACGACGAGCACGACGACAACUACUACCUCGUCGACCACCUCAUCGACCACUUCGUCCACCACUUCGUCUACCACUACCACUACCCCUACCCCCACCCCUACCACGACUACGACGACGACAACUUCUCCAAGCACCACGUCCACCACGACGACCUCGACGUCGACCAGCUCCAGCACCACGACGACCUCAAGCACCACUACGUCGACCACUUCAACUACGUCAAGUACUCCUGUAGUGUCUGAGACUCCUAGCACCACUCCCUCUGGAUCUAGUACCUCGACCAGCACCUCGACCAGCACUUCAAGCACUCCAGUGAUACCAACAACUCCUUCUACCACUGUUACGCCGACCCCGACAAACACCCCGUCUGCCACCGAGACUGAUACCGAUUGCUCUGAGACCGAAUCGAGCACGUCUUCCUCGACGAGCAUUGUUACUCUGACUGUCUUCCCGACACCGCCCACUUCCAGCUCUGCCAGGCCUACCAGCACCGAUACAGAUGACUGCACCGGGACUACCGAGACCAUUUCCUCGAGCGCUUCCCAGACAACUAGCCACUCGACAAGCACGCCCGUGAUUCCGACCACGUCGUCUUCCACCACGAGCACACUUUCAGGCACAAAGCCUCAGACCCCCACCCUAAGCGGGUCCGGAGUGCCAACCUCGUCCGAGACCACCGGCACAAGCACGACCAAGACUACCACCGAGGGUGGCACUACCAAGCCCCCUGCCACGCAACCCACCAACACCGGCUCUGUCACCUCCAAGCCUACCACCACGGAGCCGGCCAUGACCACCACCAUCAUCGUGACCUCGUACACAAGCAUCUGCCCUACCGGGUUCACUACGAUCACGACGACUCUGACGUCAACUUACUGCCCCUGCACUGCCACGGCGACAGCCACUCACCCUGGAUCCGGCUCCCCAACCGACACCCCCGACAUCCCCGAGGGCUGGACCACAACCGUUACCGUCUGCACCGUCUGCGCCGCGACUCCCACGACCGUUACUCUGACUCUGCCCCCAACAACCCCAGCUCAGCCCACCGAUGUCUCCGGCGGUGAGUACCCAAGCGGCAGCGGAAGUGACAGCGUCCCAACCAACCCUGGUCCCGGCUCCGGUCCAGGCCCCGCAACCACCAGCAGGCCCGUGAUCGGUGGAGGCUCAGGCAACGGUGGCGGCAACUACCCGUACCCAUCCUCGACCUUCAACAUCCACCCGUCCAGCUCCCGCCCUGUCGUCCCCGCUCCUAGCGGAACCCAGGAUGGCGAGUCUCCGGCCUUCACGGGUGCCGCUUCCCGCGCUUUCGGUUUGGCUCAGGGUGUUUCCGUCCUUGUGGCCUUUGCGCUCUCUUUUGUGCUUAUUAUUUAAAUUUAGCUCUCUCUGCUCCCAUGAAGGAAAUGUUUUUCCAGAAUGGCUAGAUAAGAUGAGAUGGAAUGAAAGAGGAAGAGGAGGGAAAUGCGUAUGUUGUUAUGUAUUAAAGAACUUAGUAUGUAUAGUUUGUAAUGUAAGUAUCCUGGAUGCUGUGAUAUGAAUUUGCCUUCGUCAUGAACCACGUGUGUAUAUAAGCGAGAGUUAUGAUCGUCAAUAGAUGUUGUGUUCAUAC